AUGAUUAAUAGUAACAUAAUAUUUUUAUUUUUUUAUCAUGUGUCCUUGUGCAUAUUAGGAUGUCUAUUUUAUGAAAAUUUUUUAUUUAAAGAUUUUGAUAAUAGUUUCAGUUUAGUAAAAAUAAUAUUUUGUUGUUCAUUUGUUUUAUGCUUAUCUCUUCUUUCUAUGAUAUUAUUUGAGAUAACCGGUUUUAUAGCCACAAGAUUGCAAUUAUUUAUAUGGUAUAUAGAUAUAAGUCUUAUGAUAUUAUUUAUUUAUAUAAUAAUUCCUAUAAGUUUAAUAUAUACAUAUGUAACAUAUGAAGAUGAAAAGGCAUCAAAUAGUUUGUUCAAGUUUCAAUAUUUUUAUACUACAUUAAUUAAAAUGAAUAAUAAAAAGAAAAAAAAAAAGUUCCAUUCACCAGAUGAAGAAAAUAAAAAAGAAAGGGAAAGAGAAAAAUAUCAAGAUAAAGGACAAGAAAAAUAUCAAGAUAAAGAACAAGAAAAAUAUCAAGAUAAAGAACAAGAAAAAAAUCAAGAUGAAGGACAAGAAAAAAAUCAAGAUAAAGAACAAGAAAAAAAUCAUCAUAAAGAACAAGAAAAAAAUCAUCAUAAAGAACAAGAAAAAAAUCAAGAUAAAGAACAAGAAAAAAAUCAAGAUAAAGAACAAGAAAAAACACAUUUUAUGAAAAGGCUUCUUUAUGUAAGUGAAGAUUUAAUUGAAGAGAUGAAAAAUUAUAAUUAUAAAAUAAAAUAUAAAAAUAAACAGAAAUUAUAUAAGUUUAUAUUUGGAUGUAUAUUUCUAUUACCUAUUAUAUGGUUUACAUUUUAUAAAAUAUCUAUGUUGACUUUAAAAAAUAAUAAAGAUAUAUAUGAUAAGUCAGAUAUAUAUAAUAUAGGUUCUAUAUUAUUAGAUAAAUUUAAUGAAAUUAAUAAAGAGUUUGAAGAAGAAUAUAAUAUUAAUAAUGAUAAAAAUAAUUAUUUUUUCUUUUUUAAUUUUAUGAAAAAUCUUUUAACCUAUAUGUCUGUAACAGGUAUGACUAUAGUUAGUGCUCUUUCUGCAUUUACUAGUCUAUAUUCACCAUAUAGUAAUAUAAGUAACUUUUUUUUUUUUGUAAAUAUUAAAAAAGUUAAAGUUAUAGAAAAAAAAAUUAAGUUCAUAAAGCAACAGUUGUCUUCAAAAAAAAAAAUACUCUUACUAUAUGAGUACCAUCCUCAUUUGCUAAAACCAUUUUAUGAAAAUCAAAAAAGGGAAUAUAAUAAUAUACAUAAUAAUAUGAGUUCUUAUAAAUAUAUUAAUGAUUCGAAUAAUUAUAAUGAUUAUAGAAACGAUAUAGAACUACAAAAUAUAAAUGAAUGUAAAAAUAUUUAUCAUAAUGAUGAUAAUACAACUAAUUGUAUGACAAGUUCUUUGAGAAGUGCUACUUCGAGGGAAAAUAAUAACAUAGAAAAUAAUAACAUAGAAAAUAAUAACAUAGAAAAUAAUAACAUAGAAAAUAAUAAUAUAGAAAAUAAUAACAUAGAAAAUAAUAAUAAUAAUAAUUAUGUUAACUUGAAUAAAAUUUUGAACCAUACAAAUAAUCUAAACACUGGUUAUUUUCAAAAUAAUAAGAUCUCUAUAAAUAAUUCCGGGAAUUCUUAUGAACAAUACUAUAACAAUUAUAAGAACGUAAAUUCAUUCAAUAUAAAAAAUAUGAUUUUGUGUAAUAAUGAAAAGGAUGGAAUACAUAGAACAUAUAAGAAUCAUCAAGUAAUAAAAAAUGAAGAUUAUGAAAACAAGGAUAAUAAUAAUAUAAAGAGGGAGAAUAAAAAAGAGGAAAUUUUUUUUACAUCUUUUAAAAGUUAUAAAAAAUGUAAUUUAUAUUUAGGUAAUUAUAAAUCCAUUUAUAAAGAUAUAUAUGAAACAUUUAUUAAGAGAGAAAACAGUUUUAUUAGUUUGUUUAAUAUAAAGGAAUUAUCACAAAGAAAAUCUAAUAAUAAUUUAUUAUAUAUCACUGAAAAAAUAAAUUGUGAAAAUUAUAGUAUGGAUGAUAUUAUUAUUGUAAAUGGAAUUAAAAAUAAAUAUAAAAAACAAAAUAAUAAACGAAUAAAAUUAUAUAAGAAUAAUGAUUUAGAAGAGAAAGAUACAAGUUGUAUCGAUGAAUAUAAUCAAGAUGAUUGUUUAAUAAAUAUAUUUUCUAAUAAUGAUAUAAAAAAUUAUUCAUAUAUAAGAAAUAGUAAACAAAAUUCAUUUAAUCAACAAUGUGUCUUAUCAUCAUUCAAUCAAAAUAUAAAUAGUAAUAAUUCUUUAUAUAAAAGAAAUAUAAAAUCAUCAAAUGAUUUAUUAGAUGAUACGCAUAUGGAAUAUCAAAAAAAAUUUCAUUUUUUUAAAACAAAAGAACAAAAUAUAUCUUUGGAAAAUAAAGUAACAGAUGAUUAUAGGAGGGAAUAUAAAUAUGAAAAUGGUAAAUACAAAACGUUCUUUCUUUUUAACUAUCCUAUAUUUUCCUUUAAAAGACUUUUUAAAGGUUCUAAAAAUAAUAUGGCUGGAAAAGAAUACCACCUUAGUGAUAGCAUACAUAUGAACAGGGAAGCAAAUAACACAAUUAAUCAAAACAAUAAAAACAAUUGUGAUCAUAAUAACAAUAUUAAUUGUAAUAAUAUUCAUAGUUUUAAUUAUAAAUCUGAAGGAUUUAUUAGGAAAUCAGUUAUAUCUUCCUUUUUUUAUGGUUUCCGGAAACCAUAUAAAACGCUUCAAAGUGUUAAGGAAUUUUUCACAGGAAGGAAAGAUAAUGUAAAUAAAAAAAGUAAACAAGUUUUAAUACAAGAUAUUAAAUCUUUAGAAUAUAUGAUAAAGAAAUUAUAUUUCUUAUUAGAUGAUGUUAUUAAAGAACAAAUACGCAUAAAUCAAAGUACAACAUUUUGUGGUAUACUUUUAUAUAUACUAGGUAUUAUAAUGUCUAUAUUAUGUGUAUAUAAAAUUAUAAAAACAUGUUAUAUCAUAUAUAUGAUAGAAAUACAUUAUAAAUUUAUUUCAACAUAUAGCAGUGGACAUGUAUUAAUGUUAUUUUAUUCAAAAAAUAUGAACAUCUCUAUUAUUAACGAAUUAAAAAAUGUUCUACAUAUUGUUCAUAUAAAUAUUAAUCUAGAUAAUUAUGUUAUCUCUAUUACAUCCAUAUUAUUAUUAUGUUUCAUAUUUACUAAUCUAAAAACAUUUAUGGAAAAAAUUAUAAAACUAAGAUAUUCAACAAAAUCAUCUUUAUAUUCAAAUCUAGCCAUUUUGGUAAUGUGUGAAAUUAUGGAUUUAUAUUUCUCAGCUUAUUGUAUACAAUUAUUUGAUUAUCUACCUAUUAAAGAAAAAAUUAAAAUGUUAUAUAUAUUCUUUAACAAUAACUUAUUAAAUUUAUUUAAACUCAAAUAUCAUUUUGAUUUUGUUUAUGUCAUAUCAUUAUUCAUUUCUUUAAUUCUGCUGAAAUUUCAUCACAAGAACAAGUCUGAUCAAUUUAAGGAAAUAUAA